AUGGGGUUGCGUCGAGGGGUAAAUUGGCUGGGCGGCCGAGCCCUGUUCCUGAUUCUGAUCCCGUCUCCUGUGAAGAGCGACCAGAGUUAUGAGCUGCGGCGAAUGAAUACUUACAACGCGACGUUUAAUGACCUUCUCGGCGAUAUUCUCUUAUCCGAACCUCCUGCUGAUGAAAGCUUGGAUCUUGCACUGCACACUGACGGUCCUCUAAUUUCCCGAAAUUAUCUCCCCCGCGAACUAGACGCUCUCGAUGGGCAGUCUAGAUCCCUACUGUUGUACUUCUCCGACAACAUUGCCCCGGCCAUGGCAGCAAUUAACAACGUUCUCAACGGAUACCGCGACAUGAUCCUACCCAUAUCUGAAGGCGAUCCCACCGUCAGAAAUGCAAUACUCGCCGCCUCAGCCUCACACCUCACUGAAACAUCCGGCGUGGAAGGAAAUCUCCACGAAUUAUCACAUGGCCGCCAUCCACGGACUGAAUCGUCAAACAAAAGACAGCGCGGAUAA